UGUAAUGGCGGACGUUAAUGACGUUGUGGAAGCAACUCAUUUAUCUUCUGAAAAUAUUGACGGAAGAGCUCUUUUGCAUUGAGCUUUACAGCACAUAGCCAUCAGAUGGAAAUUUAUCAAGGUUGUACACCUGGUUAUCCGCCUCUCCCUCAAGGCUGGGAGAUGAAAGUGGACCCUACUUCUGGAAAACCAUUCUUCAUCGAUCAUAAGACGCGGACAACAUCUUGGGAAGAUCCGAGAGUAAGGCAGAAACAUUAUCAGGGACCUGGCGGAUCCUUGGGAAACCAGAAUCCAUCCCAAACAUUCCAGUUGCCGUCAGGUCAGCAAUACUCUACACCAGUACCAUCGUCUCCAGGUCAACUCUACCAAAUGCCUCCUCCUAUUUCAGGGCAAGUUUCUCAAAGCCCAGUGUCAAACCCUGGUCAACCUUUCCCAGUGUUACCUGACCAGCCAAACCAAGUGCCUCCUGGUCAUUUAAAUCACAUGUUACCUGGUCAAUCCAGUCAGAUAUUAUCAAAUCAACAAAACCAAGCUCCAGCUCCAUCAAGCCAAAUGCCACUUCCUCAACCAAGCCAACUGCCAUCUAGUCAGCCAAGUCAAAUGGUUUUCAGUCAGCCAAAUCUAAUGCCAUCUAGUCACCCAAACCAAAUGCCUUCUGGUCAGUCAAACCAAACGCCACAUGGUCACCCAAGCCAAAUGCCACAUGGUCAGCCAAACCAAAUGUCAUCUAGUCAAGUAAACCGAGUGAUCCCCAGUCAACCAAAUCAGAUGGCUCCUGGAGGACAGCUUUAUUCAGUACCAGGACCAAGUCCUUCACAACCUUAUGAGGCACAGCCAAUGAUUCAAGGCCAACCACAGCAGAUUCAGAGGUCAGAUUCUAGUCAACCAUAUCAGAUACCAAUGUCUGCUGCUGGUCCAACUUAUGAAAUUUCAUCCCAGAACACCAGUCAGGCAUAUCAAUUCCCUGCUGUUAAUUCUGUGUCGGCCUUAGGUGGGUCAGCAAAACCCGGUGUUCUUCAUCAAUCAAGUCAACAAUAUCAAGCAACACCAUAUCCAGGUCAACCAUAUCAGAUGCCUGCUUCAAAUCCUGACCAGUUUUAUCAACCUCAGUCUUUGAAUCCAAGCCAACUUUACCCUGGUCAGCCUGUGCAGAGUCCCUUGCCUCCCUCGCGAACAAGCCAAGCAUACCAAACUCCAACAUCAGCUCCUGGUCAACCAUACCAGGUACGACCAUAUCAACCUUCACCUCAGAAUCAAGGCCAGGGUCCACCACAACCUAAUGCUCAGACAAUGCAGGCAACAGGACCAGGAGGGUAUCAAGCCUAUCAGACACCAGGACAGGUUCCUAAUCAAGUGCAGCCUUCAGGAAAGCCACCAAUACCAUCUGUAGUGGGUGCUGCUACUUCACAGCUCCAGCAACAGCAGCAAGUAAUGCCACCCUCCCCUGUACAACCAAAGUCACCUGGAGCACAAUCCUAUCAUCAUCAUCAUCAACCAUACCAAAAUAAUUAUAAUUACUCCUCACCUCAUACACAAAGUAUCCCAGGAAAUAGAACUGUGAAACAAGAAAAUCAAGGCUAUGGCCCAACUCCUGUGGGACAACCACUACAAAUGAUAGAUGGAAGAACUCAGUCCUAUGCUCAAACUGCUCCAUCCCAGGCUACCCAAUGGGCUCCUCCAUUUGCAAAUCCUGCCCCAACCUCUGUGUAUGGUCACACAUCUCCUUACCCAGGUGCUCCUCCAGUGUCAUAUGCAACUGAACAGUCAAUGAUGCGGCAGUCACAACCCCAACAUCCACCACCUGGUUACCCUCCUAAUUCUUAUGCAGUUGGUUCAGGAUACACAAACCUGGGUCAACAACCAGGCUUCCCAGGCAGACAACCCUAUGCACAGUCAGCUCCUCAGAUGUAUGGCUCAGGUUAUCACCAGCCUGAACCUCGGAGUCAAUACACAACACGAAGGUCACCUUUAUCAGAUGCUAAAAUUAAUUCAAUCGAUACACUGCUUUGUCAUGCAGAGGAAUUGGAACCAAGAGUUUUAUCUUUUUCAGGAACCAGAGGUGACAGAGAGUUUAUUUAUCUUGAUGAACAACUAACAAAACUGAUUUUGGAUCUUGAUAAAGUACAGACAGAUGGAUUAGAAGAUGUACGAGUGGCUCGCAAGUCAGCCAUUCAAAGAAUACAAUUUUUAAUUGAUGCUUUAGAGAAUAAAGGCUGAAGAAGCUCCAGAAGUCAUGUAAGCCUGUCAUCCGUUUAACAAGAAUUCAAUAAAAUUAUGUUAUUCUAGAAGCUGUGAAGUAGGUUUGACUAGUCAUAAAUCGUGAUUGCUCUCUGCUGUGUGAUAUCAAUAUUUUAGCAGCAUUUUUUUCCUUCUUUAUCUCUGUGGUUUUGAAACCAAAUUACAGGAUUAAACCAGGUAGGCAGCUUCUUCAUGGAAAUAUCCCACUUUGACUUAGUUAGAAUAAAAUGAGCUGUACAAGACAUCAGAGUAAGAGUAAAUUUUGGAUGUUUCUAUUAAGAAGUUAGUUUUGCCCCUUGAAUAUUAGGUAUGUCAUUUAAAUCUAUUGGGGAUGUUUCUAUUAACAAGUUAGUUUUGCCCCUUAAAUAUUAGGUAUUUCAUUUAAAUCUAUUAGGGGCUGAUAAAGCAUACAGAUAUAUAUUGAAGAAACAUUUCUGCUAGGAAUCAGUUUUAAAAAGUAUUUUACAUUUUCUUAGAGGGAAGUAGCGAACAUUAUUUUUUUAUUUCUUUUAUUAACUGUAACGAAGGAAACGACUAAAUGUAAGGAGGACUCCUGUUAGUUAAGUCGCAAUAGUUUUAACUCUAGGUUUUAAUUACAGAUUUUUCUGACCUUUAUACUUUGGCUGAAUUUUUAAAGUGACAUGUUCACUGUACUGGCUCUCAAACUGAUACACUCUUCCAAUUUUUUGGGGGACACAAAUUUACCGUUGAGCUGCAGUUGAAUCCUAAUAAUGGUAAUGAGUUGCAGGUUACUGUCAAGAUCAACAUGUGACUUUUCAUAUGGAGAAUUGGAAGUAAGUAAAAAGCUUCUUCAAACUGUUCCUAGUGCUUGAGGUUCAGUAGCAAUCUUGUCAUGUUUUAUUUUGGAGUUAACAUCUGGGCUGUGCAAACAAAAAACAUAGCACUAGUAAUAGUGUCCAUACAAUCAGUAAAUUUCAAAGGUAUAGCAAAUAUUUUACUCUUGUCAAUAAACUGCCACAUAGA